UUUUAGAUUCGUCCUCAAAUCCCUAAUUAACAAAAAUAUACCAUACGUAAUAAGUCAAGCUAGUGAGAACUCGAUUGAAGCGCGAUGCAAAAGUUCUGAGAUGCAAUUGUGAGGUCGGAUACGGCCAGCUGGUAAUGAAUACCAAGUCGGCUCUAAUGUUAAUGAUGGAACAUCGCCAACAAUAGUGAAAUCGAUGAGGUCGAGAGAAGAUGGUGGAAAUAGGGGAAGGAGAGGAAGCCUUAAGAGCUUGGCAUAGAGCAGGGGAAAACAUUUAUGUAAGUGAAAACCAUUCACCGCCGCCGUCGCCGCUGAUUCGCUACCAAACCACAACCAGUAAAGAAAGAGGAGAUAGCGCCGAUGUCGCCGUGCAGGGCGUUGACGGGAUUAAGGGAGGAGACGCCGAUGGUGACGCCGAUCUGCUGCUACUGACAGUGUUUGGGAUUGGCAGGAGGAGAGGGAAGAUCGAGAGAUAGCGCAGAGCGAGCUUGUAGAUGAAAAGUGUCGGAGUCCGUCGGGGGGUUUGGUUGCUGGGUGGAGGAAGGGUACGGGGAGGAGGGGUUUCCUUUUUUUUAUUUUAUUUAAUUUCUUUAUUUGAGUUGAAAAAUUAAUAAAAAUUGAAAUUAAAUUAUCUGACUCAGCAACUCAUUUGCCACGUCAGAGUCAACUAACAGUUGACCAGAUGGAAAGUUAACGAUUUGGCUACUAAAUUAUUUUUUAAAAGGUUUAGCUAUUAUUUUGUUUAAAAUGAAAGGUUUGGCUAAUAAAUUGUAUUUACCCAAACUAUUAUAAUAAAAGAAGUGGGGGCAAAAAUUCCCAAAACCUUUUCCGAAAAUGAGAAAAAGCACCACUUUCUUCCCCAUGAUAUCAACUAUCUGUCUCCUUUUUGUUUGUAUUGUUCAUUAAUUGAAGUUUGCUUUGCUCCGCCAAUAAGAAAAAGAAAAAAUAAAGAAGAGAGAGAAAGUUGAGUUCAUGGUCAGCCAUUUAUGAUGGUCAGCGUCUCCAAUCCCCAUAAAACCCACUCUUUCCCCUCACUUUUCUCUGCCCUUGGCUCUUGCUCUGCUGAAGAUUUGACACAGAAAUAAAGGGCCUUAUAUAUAGAUGUACUGAUUGAUAUCAGAAGCUUGCUGUGUUUUACAGUUCCUGAUUCAGAUUGUUCCACUGAGCAAGGCAAUAGGCACUAAAUAAAGCUCUCAAAGAAAGGAGGAAGGGGUUGUAGCCUAAAGGAAAAGUAAAAUGGAUGGUUUGCCUUCUGGGUACCGCCCUAAUGUUGGUGUCUGUCUAAUCAACUCUAAUGGCCAGGUCAGUUAGCUAUCAACCCACUUCCCAGUUCUUCCGUCUCUCUCUAAUUUUUUUGUUCUCGUUUUCAAUCAAUCCUUGCUGGUUUCAGACUGAUGGGUUUGUGCUUAUUGAUCAUCAGUAGUAGUAACUGUUAGUCAAUUCUGCUCUCUAGGGACGAAGCGAAAACGCUUAAGUGUUGCUGUUAAUUUUGGUUGUGGGGUUGGUGACCUGGGUCUCAUAUAGAUUUGUGGAGAUGGGAGAUCUGGAUCUGCAGAUGAGGAUCAUUAUUAUGAACUCCUGUAGUGGUACAGAUAUGGUGAUUGGAUUUUUUUCCUUAAAUCAGAAUUGCAAAAUUUGACCUUUUCUCUUUUGUAUUCUCAUCGAUUUGGAUGCAUUUGUUAGUUUCUGCAGCAAUCUAGAGUUGACAUUUAUUUAUUUUCUGAUCUUUUGUAUUUUUUGCUUGGCUCAUUUUUAUUGUCUGUUUCUGGGGCAGUUGUGUAUCUGGGGAAGCAACUUUCUGGGAGUAGGAUUUCUUUACUGUGUUUGUAUGGUUUGCAUGCUGAUGUCCUCCCUAGAUGCAAUUAUGUCAUCCACCUGAAACACGCUUGCUGGUGUCAUCAUGGUAUUUGUGCCGUUGUCCAAAAUUGAAUGCAGAGAGAGAUAAAUGGUCUAGUAAAGGUCAGAUGUUAAG